CCCUUUGAAUUCUGGAGCCCUGAUUGAAAUCGAGACGCUUUCUGCGAAGGAUGUUUUGGUUCCAGAGACAAAAUGGAUCCUAACCAACUUCUUCAGGAUAGUUAUCAAUUUGCAAAGCUUGCAACUACCGCGGAUGGAGAAGAAAAUUUCAAAGUUGCAAUAUUUUAUUACCUAGAAGCUGCAGAAGCAAUAAAAAAGGCUUUGGACUUUGAUCAGAAUUUGAGGCUUGGUUCGAUUAGCGAGAAAGCUCAUCAAUAUCUGGAUAGAGCGGAAACGUUGCACCAGCAAAUCGCUCAAGGGCAAAUUAUUUUACAAAGGACAGUCUCACAAACAAAUGACCAGAAAGAGCUUGAAAGAGCAGAAUUUUUCCUAAAGCAAGCUCUUGAGCAAGAUGAGAAUGGAAAACAUGAAGAAGCCUUGACGCUUUACACAGAUGCUGUCCAACUUUGCCUUCAAGCAGCACAAUCAACCACAGAUAGUAUUGCCAAGGAAAGGCUCAACAAAUGGGCAACGUCUGCACUUGACCGGGCUGAAGUUUUGAAAGGCAAAAAGCCAAGAGGAAACAUCAAUCAAAGUGCCAUUGAACAACUUACACAACAAGUUAAUAGGGUUAGCAUGAGGCCAGAUCCAUCAAUGGAAAAUCGUCCAAAACUGACUCAGUUGGAAAUAGAGACACUUAGGCAUUCAUCUUAUAUCAACAAAAAUGUGUACCCUCCAUGGAUAGAUAGAGACUUACUUGAAAGAUUUGCAUUUCCAAUUCCAUUCAGUGAUCCAGACGGGCAGCUGGCAUUAGCUCCAAAGCAAAAGGCAAAGUUUGCUAAGUGGGUCAGGCCAUCUGAUCUUUGUGCUGAUCCACACAUGAUAUACGCUAUCACCAGUCUAAGCAUUAGACAGACCAUAGUCUCAGAUUGCUCCUUCGUUGCAUCUUUGGCAAUAAGUGCAGCAUAUGAACGAAAGUUUAGAAAACAGCUGAUAACAUCCAUCAUAUACCCACAGAACAAAGAAGGGAAACCGAUGAUUAAUCCAUGUGGAAAAUAUAUGGUAAAGUUGAUAAUAAAUGGUGUCCCACGAAAGGUCAUAAUUGAUGAUUUUCUUCCAAUUGGAAAAGAUGGCGAGCUUCUUUGCUCCUACUCGAAUAACAGUGAUGAGUUCUGGGUUAGUCUCCUUGAAAAGGCUUACUUAAAGGUUAUGGGUGGAUAUGACUUUCCAGGCUCGAAUUCCAAUAUCGAUUUGGGUGCACUGACGGGUUGGAUUCCCGAGAGGGCAUCUUUGAAGAGUGAAGAAGUCAACAAAGAACGUUUGUUUGAGCGUAUGUUCGAGGCUCUUCACCGAGGUGAUGUUUUGAUAACAGUGGCAACAGGCUUCCUCUCAGAAGCAGAUACAGAGCGUUCUGGUCUAGUAGAAACCCAUGCGUAUGCUGUACUCGACAUAAGAAAAAUUAAAGGCUUGCGACUGCUGCAACUAAAAAACCCGUGGAAUCACUUGAGAUGGAAGGGGAAAUAUAGUGAAACUGACACUGAAAGUUGGAACAUUGAGUUACUAAGGGCAUUAGACUAUGACAGAAUGAAUGCCCUACAAAACGAUAAUGGUGUUUUCUGGAUAAACUGGGAAUCCGUUUGCCGCUUCUUCGACGUAUUUUAUUUGAAUUGGAAUCCUAAACUAUUCAAAUUUAAAUACACCAUACAUUCGAAAUGGCAAGCCGGUGAUGGGCCCAUUAAAGAUUCAUACAAUGUUGGUGAUAACCCACAGUACUUACUUACUGUUCAUAGCGGCGAUGAAGAAGGAAUUAUUUGGAUUCUGCUAACAAGACACAUCAUGGAACGGGAUGACUUUGCAAACAAUAAAGAAUUCAUAACAGUCCAUGCUUACAAAAAUUCAGGGAAUUCUCGUGUUUAUUAUCCAGAUAACCCCUACUUUCAGGGAACCAAAAUCAACAGCCCACAUUACCUAGCGAAGAUGAGGCCACCCAAAGGAACAAGAUUCAACUUGGUCGUUUCCCAAUAUGAGAAAUACAAUACAAUUUACUACACUUUAAAAGUAUUCGGGACUGUGAGAUUUGAAAUUGGUCCUGUUGGCAAUCCGUACACGUCUCGUAAAAGGGUAACAGGACAAUGGACAAAAUUGACAGCUGGUGGUUGUGCAAAUCAUCCCUCAUACCUAAACAAUCCAAAAUAUGACCUUGAAAUAAUCUCAAAUACCCCUUGUUCACUUCUGAUCAAAGUUGAAGCAAGCAAGCAAUACGCAACUGGCGUUGAAAUUUCAUCAGUAGAAGGAAAUUUCAAACAAACUUCAGGCGAUUACAGGUGGGGCUUCCUUGCUUUUGAACUCAAAGACAUUGCACCAGGGAGGUAUAAAAUUAUCCCUUCAACUUUUCAUCCUGGCCAAGAGGGACCAUUCUUCUUGGAAGUUGCAGCCUCUGCUGCAUUCAACCUCUCAAAGGCGUAGAUGAUUGUUAAGAGGGUAGAUAUUUCUGCAUUGAAGAGCAACCACUCAUUUUUGAAGGGUAACUAUUUUGAUAUCAGGAAGACUACUAAAGUUCUAUGGAAAGUUAUUUGCACCAUUUCUUGGAAGCCAUCGCCAUUCACAUACAUCUGUUGGUAACCGCGAAAAAAAAGCUAUUGGAAAGAACCAAUGGCGCAUGAAUACAAUUUUUUAUAAUUAAAUGCUACCCAGACACAUUCAUAUGUGUUAUACAUAUGUUUUAUAGAGAUUACGAGUGGUUUUUACCUACAAGAAACGAUGUAUUUAGAUGACGUAUCAUUCGAUUUAGUAUCAUAUCCUAGUAGUAGUAGUAGUAUUAUUCGAUUUUCUACUUGAUAGGGUUCUUUAGAUUUUUGUCUGCACGAGAACAUCAUUAUGUAUAAGAUCUAGUAGAAAUGUCAGUUACGAAAUUUUAUAUUUGCUGCAUGACAAGCCGGACUGCUAUUGUUGCCAAAGUAGUGUGUCAUAAAAAUCAACUAAGCCUUGCAAAGAAAUUGUAUUUCGCUAACUUUGUUUUUAACAAUACAGUAUCCUUGUCAAUAAGACUCAAGCAUAUUUUUGAAGCUAAGGCUUUCAUAUCUCAAGAAGUACUGUUUAGACAGGUGCGCUCUUUUAUACUAUAACUUUUACUAAUUCUCAGUUUUUCAACAAGACGUUUGAAACAUUUAUUAGGCAUUAUGUUGCAGAGACCACACAGCUCUAAUCCGCUCUUUUUUCACAAACUGUGCACAGAUGGGUUUCAAGUUAGACAUUCUCCUUUUCGCAAUUAAUAAUCUAUUUUGCAACAAAAAAGUCAAUUUGCGUCACCAAAAUGAGGCUCAAAGCUAGAAACAUGAAAUAGGAGGAUGAAUUUCUGGAUUCGAACCGAUGGCACAUUUGUUUCAGAUACGCAUGUACCAAUCUUUCUGAUACAGGGCAUCGAUUAAAUACAUAUGCCUAAAAUCACGAUUUUCCGACCACACCCUCUUCUCCUUCACAGGUUCGUUCACUUUGUGACCGACUCUCCCUGCCCCUUUUGCGAGAAUAUGCGUCCUUGUAGCCAGUUGAACGGUCUUCUUCAGACGUGGUUAAGAUUUUUAGGUGGAUCAUUAGCCCUUUUGUUUAUAUAAUGUUGGUUUUCUAACAAACAAGUUUAUGAGGGCCUACAUUUGCUUUCUCCUGAACCCCCCCCCUCCCUUGAAUGCGUUUGUACGCUUUCCUACCCCUCUGACCAAACGUACUUCGAAGGUGCCUUCAUGCACAGAAUACACUCUUCUGAAACUGUUCCUUCUCCACCCAUGAUUUCGCGUUAAAAUCACUCGCCUACAUAAAAUAACGGCAGGCUUAUUUAGCGUCGCCAGUUGGCUUCGUAUUCAUAAGAAACCAAGUCAGUUAUGUCAUUAAAAUGAGCUUUUUGAUACUGCGAAGGACAAUCACCUGAACUGCAAUGAAUUGAUAUUCUGCAUUCGAAUCUCUCCUAAUCUUUGUGGGAUCUUUCAAAGCUUUGUAAAGCCUUCUAAGGCCAGGAACCUUACUAAUCAGCUUGUUUUUCUCCUUUAGAAGUGAAACCUGAAUAGAGAGGAGACUUUGGGUUGUAGAAUUGGUUUUUUCUUGGUUUUUACAACAAUAAUGUUUUUGUGCAUAUUCUAGUUUCUCAAUAGA